GCAGGGUUAAAAUUUUGCCUUUUAUGGGCCUUUUGGGCUUCAAAUAAAUAGAUGGACAUGGAUCUAUCACGAGCAAUUGAAGUCCAAAUCAAACUACUGCCUGAGCCCAAACUCUUGCAAGGCAGAAGCAUAAAAUUCAAACGACGACGUGCCAAAGCUCUCUGUCUGUAUAUCACAUUGUCCUACGCUAUAUGCGCCGCCGCUAUGAUACGUUAAAGAGAAGCGGAGGAAGAGUUCCCCUCACCGGCUCUUUAUAUACGCCUAGGGUUUUGUAAAACCGAAUCACUCCUUAAAUUUAACUGAUUUUGUGAUAUUGUUCUUGUUACCAUUGGUAGUGAACCAUGAUUCUUGGAAGUAACUCAAUCCGAGAAACCCACUAUGACGUUCUGUCUAUUAAGGAAGACGCAAGCCAUGAAGAAAUUCGUACAAGUUAUAAAACUGCUAUCCUUAAUUCUCAUCCAGAUAAGCUACAUUCUUAUCAUGAGACAGGAGACAGAUUUUUAAGAAUACAGAAGGCCUGGGAAAUCCUUAGUGACCCCAAGUCACGUGCAGUCUAUGACAGUGAGCUGCGUGAUUCAAGACAGGAUGUAGUGGCCUCAGAAGAUAUCGUCUUAGAAGAUAUGAUGAUUGAAGAUGCUGGAGAAGUCAUGGAGCUCUUUUACCAGUGUCGAUGUGGUGAUCACUUCUCAGUUGAUUCUUUGGAGUUGGGUAAAAUGGGGUACACAUUGUUUUGGGAUGGGACUGAGAUAUCUUUAAGGACCCCUGAUGCCUUUCCGGCAUCAAUAGUUCUGCCAUGUGGUUCUUGUUCUUUGCUUGUUCGUCUGAUGAUAAAUCCAGAUAUUAAAGUUACAACUGAUGGUCGUUUGUGAUUGGUUUUCCAUUUUCACUUGUGAUUGAUGAUUUAGUAAGUUAUUCUUUUCAUUGUCGUAGAAAAGAUUUAGAUGUGAAGCAGUUGACAUCUAUUACAAUUGACAGCCUCAGGGACAGUUGAAAAUGUUCUUUGUUGUGUAAUGUAAACAUUAUACUGAGUGAACAAUCUUCAGGAAAGUUGCCUUGAUGAAUUUUGAAAAUAUGUUUA